GCCUGUCGACCAAUGAAAAGAAACGGAAAAGGAUAAUUCAUAAAUCAGUUCUCACAGCUGAUCCAUCGGACUCGCAAGCGCUCAAAUUUACAUUGCAUGGUAGAGUUUUAUCAGUGGUUAAAGCUGUUGAUAAGGAUGAAGCACGUAGAUUAAUGGAAAAGAAUAAAAAUAAAAGGCGAAAAGAAGAUCGAAGAAAUACAUACUUAAUUAAAGAAGGAGUUGUAUUUCCAAACACACCAGAUGCAGCAUCGCUACCACCUUUGGAAGUAACUAAACGUGCUGCAUCAUCUUCUGUUCGAAAGAAUUUAUUAGCAAAAAAUCCAAAUCUCUUUAUAUCAAAAACUAGAUUGUCUGUGCGAAAUUUGCCACUUUUCGUAGACGAAAAAAAAUUAAAAAAUUUAGGCAAGGAGAGCAUUAGAAAGUUUAAAGAGGAAGUUAAAAAAGGUAAAAGAACGGACUUAACAAAAACGGAGAAAAUGGAAGGGUGGGACAAACUAGUUCACAUAAAACAGGCUAAAAUUAUUCGAUCAAAAGAUCGAAUUGAUUCUUCAACGAAAAAACUGCGAUCGAAAGGUUAUGGAUUUCUUGAAUUCACACAACAUUCUCAUGCAUUAGCAGCAUUGAGAUAUCUUAACAACAAUCCGGGCAUAUUUGGUGAAAAAAAGAGAUUGGUUAUUGAAUUUGCAAUCGAGAAUAAUAUUAUUGUCAAAAAACGGGCUAGAUU